UACGCUGAUUUUUUUUUUUUAAAGAUGCCUUGGUCGAUGCUCGUGGUGAUAAACAGAUGAGAUCCGGACUCUGUUUCUCCAUUCUCGUACUGUCAUUGAAGCGAUUGAGAAAGAACGGAUGCUAAAGAGACGGUGAUGGUGAAGGUGAAGGAUGGGCCUACUGCUUGAAUUUUGGCGGGCAGCAACGGUCACUUUCAAUGAUUUUUUCCCUCUGUGGGUACCGGUGGCUCCCUCUUAACAUGACCCAUUUAUUCAACCUUGCAACUUGCUCAAACACAGAGAGAGAGAGAGAGAGAGAGAGAUUGUUUUCUUAGUCAGUUUCUGAUGUUGAUUGUUCUCUUAUGAGAGAGAGAGUCAAAGCAAAGGAAUUCGGUAGUUGAAUUUCGAAGAUCGUCUCCUUCGUUUCAGUUUCGGGUACUGGUUUGGGUUUUUUUUGGUGGUGGAGCUGAAUUAAGUAGUUGGAGGGGAUCGUAGAUCUCAUUCAUAUGAAGAGAUCUUUCCUUCUGGUGUAUGUGCUUCUGGUACGGGCAUUGCUGGAUGGUGCUCUAAUGGCUGUAGAAGGCAGCCUGCGUUGCGAGUACACGAACUCAGUGAGUCUUCUACGGCCACAUAGCGUCUCCAUAACCGAGUUUGGAGCCGUUGGAGAUGGGGUGACGCUUAACACUAAAGCCUUUCAAAAUGCAAUGUUCUACCUCAAUUCAUUCUCUGAUAAAGGAGGUGCCAAGCUUUUUGUACCUGCUGGCCGCUGGUUAACUGGAAGCUUCGAUCUCAUCAGCCACCUCACUUUAUGGCUUGAUAAAGACUCUACGAUUCUCGGGUCAACGAACCCGGGUGAUUGGCCAGUGGUUGAUCCAUUACCAUCGUAUGGACGGGGAAGAGAGUUGCCCGGUGGAAGGCACAGGAGUCUUAUAUAUGGUCAAAACCUGACAGAUGUAGUCAUAACUGGUGAGAAUGGUACAAUCGACGGACAAGGAAACGUGUGGUGGGAUUGGUUUAGAAGCGGAGUGCUGAACUAUACGAGACCGCAUCUGGUUGAGCUGAUGAACUCGACCGGAGUAAUUGUCUCCCACCUGACACUCCUGAACUCACCCUUCUGGAACAUCCAUCCUGUGUACUGCAGUGAUGUUGUUGUGAAGGAUCUCACUAUCUUGUCUCCACUUGAAUCUCCGAAUACAGAUGGAGUCGCCCCAGAUUCAUCCAAUGAUGUUUGCAUAGAGGACUGCUAUAUAGUGACGGGAGACGAUCUGGUUUCUAUAAAAAGUGGAUGGGACGAGUAUGGAAUUUCCUAUGCACGUCCAAGUACGAGAAUCAAGAUCAGCCGUUUGACCGGUCAAACUACUUCGAGCUCAGGCAUAGCAAUCGGGAGCGAAAUGUCAGGGGGCGUGUCGGAAGUGUAUGUAAAAGACGUACAUUUAUACAACUCAAAGACAGGUAUACGAAUCAAAACCUCUCCCGGGAGAGGAGGGUAUGUAAGAAUGGUCUACGCAUCGAACGUGAAGCUGGACAAUGUAAGUAUAGCCAUUCAGUUCACAGGGCAAUAUGGAGAGCACCCAGAUGGAAACUAUGACCCGAAAGCCUUCCCCCUGAUCGAGAAGAUCACGUUUGAGAACGUUACGGGAGACAGCAUCGGAGUUGCAGGUCUCCUGCAAGGAAUUGAAGGAGACGAGUUUCGGAAUAUCUGCUUGGUUGAUGUUUCUCUGGAAAUGAAGAACUCGAGCAAGCCACCAUGGAACUGCUCGUAUGUCCGAGGAUAUUCCCAGCGGGUUCUGCCGGAAAUCGCUUGUGAUUCUCUGCAAGAAACGAUAUUCCCCGAUCACGCUUCGGAUUGUUAUGGUCUGAUGAAUGUUAUCCAGAGAUCAGGCACUCGAAGCAGAAGAAGAUCUUGGUUGCUUUCUUGGUGAUAAGUGCAAGAAACCAAUCCUCGUUUUCUUUUCCCUUCAAGGAUUUCGAUUUUAGAGAUCCUUGCUCUCGGUGACAGCAAUGGAAGAGUGACAAGAAAAAUGGCAGAGGGUGGAAGCCAAUGCCAGAGUGUUUUUUUUUUUUUUGACGGUAAUUUCGUGUGCAGUGAAGAAAAUAAUCCGAGUUGUGAUCGUCUCCUUGAAUGUGAGGAGAGAUCAUAUGUUUGAUUUUAGCCAUUGUUCUUUCAAAUCAGUUUCUGGGUUUUCAUGCUCUUAGAGAGUGGCUUGAGUUGUAAUAUUUUCCGACAGCCUUAGAUAUCUUCCUUUCAAUCGAUUUUGCUUUGUUUUGUA